GGACAGAGGGGAAUAGUGAGAGAGUAAGCGUAGGGUGUAAGAAAGAUAUGACAGACAAGAAAAGGGAGGGUGAGUGAGCGGUGUUUAGGUAGCAGGAGUCGUCGCUGCAUAGGUUGACAAAAAGAUAGAGCGAUUAUGAGAGAUCUGAAGCAGCUAGGAAGCCAUGUAGAGAAAGGGGUAAGUUUAUGAGGAGUACACGAGGAGGAAGAAAUUAAACAUACAGACAAAGUGAGUACGAUUCAAUUAACAACAAAACAAAGAGUAAAGCAACGCAUACUUCACCAGCCCUUUCAGCGGAAGGCUUAGCGUAGUAAACCCGUGGGAGGUACAGAAACAUAGACAAAAUCUUGACUUUUACCAUCGGAGUCAGUCGGAAACUAAUUCCCGUGUCUUGUCUGUGAUGUGAGAACCCUACUCUUAAAAAGUAUAAAUUUGUAUUUCUACCUUAGUAACGUUGCUAUGAGUACUAAUGUUACCCAAUGGGAUCUCCACAACAGCAGAAACGUGUGGUCAAGAACAGAAUGACGGAUAAUAAUUUAAUUGAAGUGAAAAGCAAGUUUGAUGCUGAAUUUCGCCGAUUUGCCAUUGAUAAAGAUGGCAACUACCAGUUCGAGGACUUCCAUGAACUGGUGGAAAAACUUCAUCAGCUUCAUCGCAUUCCAUUUGUGAUUACCUAUACAGACCCAGCCCAUGGUGAUCUGCUUCCUAUUAAUAAUAAAGACAAUUAUUUAAAGGCUGUCUCUACAGCUCGACCAUUGUUACGGCUACAAGUGCAGCGGAAAGGUGAGAGUUAUGGUGAAGUGAAUGGUUAUGGCUCAGGACCAAUGAAAAGGAAAAAUCCAAUUUCAAAGUUGAUAGGAACUGGAGAGGCAUCACCAAAGCCACGUCUUAGGAUUGGUAUGCCUGAGGAAUUCCGCCGUGUCUCUGCUAUUAUUGAUGUUGAUAUUGUGCCAGAGACACACAGACGUGUGAAACUCAUGAAAAAUGGUUCUGAUAAACCAUUGGGAUUUUACAUACGAGAUGGUACUAGCUUCCGUGUGACUACCUCUGGGGUGGAAAAAGUACCUGGAAUUUUCAUUUCUCGUCUAGUUCCAGGAGGCCUUGCUGAAAGCACUGGCCUUCUGGCUGUGAAUGAUGAGGUUUUGGAAGUGAAUGGUAUCGAGGUGAUGGGCAAGACUCUUGACCAGGUCACGGACAUGAUGGUUGCAAACAGCGCUAAUCUGAUUAUCACUGUUAAGCCUGUGAAUCAGCGAAUGACUUUGGCUCCACAACGAGGUGGCUAUGGCCGCCAUUCCCAGCUGUCGAAUAAGUCACAGCAGUCUCAACAAUCGGGGAAGUCCUAUGACAGCGAUGACGAAGAUGAUGUACAGGAGCUCCUUAUUUAUGAAUACAGAACACAGAUUUUUUUGCCCUUCCCAACAAGCAAAAAUAUCCUUUGCUGACUGAACUGAAUUUCUAUUGAGCUUAAUAUAUCAUACAUGGUGCUGAUUAUGACAAACCACUGGAAGAUCGCAAUAAAAGUAAAAGAAAAUAUCAACCUCUCAGGAGAUAUAGUCUGGCAUACUGGUUAGGGUUUUGAUGUCUACUGCCUGUGUGGAAGUUGGUUGAAUAUUGUGGCAGCAUAGUAUUUCUUGAUGUGGGGCAACAUUUGCUGUAUAAACUGAAACAUUCUUCAAGAUUAUAGAGCCACAUUUCUCUAUGUAGGACUUUUAAUUUCCUUGCUAAUGAAUUAAAUAUUAUAGUUUCAAA